CACGCGCGAGGCCACUUUGUACCCUUGGGUGUAUGCGUCCUGCUUCCUGGCGGGCUGUUUAAUCCUCCACUGCCCGUCCAUGGAGGGGGCCAGGCCCCCAUCGCCAGGAGAUGAGCUGGAGCUCUCUGUGAUCCAGGGGCAGCCAGACGAGCAGACGCCACUCAAUGGAGCCGUCCAGGGCAUCUUUGCUCUAGAGGAGGAGCCCUGCCCAGUUCAGGCUGACAAGGAAAGCCCUUGGAACUCCUGUAAUAAGAACUUGGUUGGAAAGUGCAAACUGUGGAUGGUCCUCGCCUCUCUUUUCCUAGGUUUCGUUAUCGUCAUCAUCAUAAGCUUAUGUCUGACUGGAGUAACCUAUGUCGAUGAGGAUGAAAAUGAAAUACUUGAAUUGUCGUCUAAUAAAACAUUCUUGGUCAUGCUAAAGAUUCCAGAGGAGUGUGUUACUGAAGAGAAAUUGCCUGACCUGCUCACGAAAAGGAUCACAGAUGUGUACAGCUCAUCACCAGCUCUGAGCCGUUACUUUACUUCAGUUGAAAUCAUAGACUUCAGUGGUGAAAACAGCACAAUAACCUACCACCUGCACUUUGGGUUUCCGUCAGAAGACCACAACUUUAUGAAGUAUGUGAUGAGUGAGGAGUUGGUGCUGGGCGUUUUGCAGCAGGAUUUCCAUGAUCAGAACGUGCCCGGUUGUGAGACUCUGGGGCUUGAUCCAGCGUCCCUCUGGUUCUCUGAGUGAAGUGGUCAAGGUCGAUCUGUGUCUGAAAGCAGCACUCCACUGAACUUUGGGAUGAGGAGAAUUCAUUCCGUUUUACAGAAGAGAUCCUGUGAAUUAACGUAGAAGCACUCACAGUGACUACAGGGCUGGAGACGGCCCUUUUUCUCCUGAUUCUGCACAGUUAAGAGUCUGGCACUACGUCCAGCAAAAAAAAAACCCAUGGCUGCCCCAGCUGGGUCCAGAUGGGGCGGGGUGACCAGGCAGCAGGUGGACCUGCAGGGCCAGGUCGCUGCUGUUCUUGAAGCGCUCUCUGCCUCCACCCACACGUGGACACCCUCUCUUCAGGGUAAGGGUGGCCUUUGAGGCAGGAUCCCGCCAGCCUGAGCCCGUGGCGAGAGAACGGGGAGAGGCGAGGUGAGGGAGAGCCGAGCCAAUCGCUCCCUGAAAUCCUCCGUCCCACCCCGAUGUCUGAUCUACCUCCAAGCAAGGCUAUGAGGAGGAGGCAAGCAUUUCACCAGAUGUGAGCAGCAUCGUCUGUGUCUCCUUCCAUAGCCGCAUAUCUCAGCAAACUAGCCUUGGCACUCCAUCCAAUGUUAUGUAGAGCUACAGAAAUGAGGUGUGUGUUUCUUAUUUCCCUUCUGUGUAUAGUUCCUGCAACUCCUGAACACCUGUUACGGAAACACGGGUCCAUGUUAGUUUUGAACACACGACUCUCAUUUUGGAUAGUUUCUCCAUUUAUAUUUUCAUUAACUUUCAUCAGAGAAUCAUUAAGACUCCUCUAGGUAGUACAUGUUGGUUUUUGUUGUCCAGAGUCACUAGCCUUCCCGUAGGAUUCAGUGUCUUCAGGCACUGAUUGUGUAUCUUAUUGAAGAUGGUUAGGAAACAGGAAGAACCACACUCAGAAAUAAACUGCUGGAAGUUUAACGUCAGAUCCUUUUGGAGGGGUGAGGGUGGAGUGAACAAGAGCGACUCUAUUGGUCGUCUACGGGUAUAGAAUUACCUGUCAUGAGGGAACGAGGUGUCUUGUUAGGAAAAUGGCUUUGCUGGAAAUUUCCAGGAGAGUUUUGUGGUCAUGUAAUGAGAGGUUCUCAGCCUCAGUAUCUCAGUUAAAUUGGCCCUGGGUGGAUGUCAGGCUGGGGGCAGCUGCAUUCUGGGAUGUGUUGGGAGUAAGAGUCUCAGGCUAGAUUUGCCUGGGGCUCUUUAUGACCCAGGACCCUGCAUAAUG